AUGAGUUUCACGCCGUUUUCGUCGUUUUUGGAAGCGUCUUUCUUCCAGACUCUGGCUGCCAAAAAACUCAAUGAGUACAAACUCGACGAUUCGCCUAAGAGGGUCUCCGCAGAAUACACAUGGCAACAAGGUCGGCUCGUUUUCGACAGCGACUCGUUUUCGGACCGAGAUUCGCACUGCAAGGGCGUUGUUGAGUGUCCCGGAACUCUACUCAACUACAACACGAUAGAGGAGUUCAAAGGAGCAGACAAAAAGGCGCUACUGGCGGAAUGGGGUGACAAGAUGUUGUCGGGUGCAAUUAUGAAUGGAUCUAUUUUCCGGAAUCCCGAGAUUCUCAACUCUUUUCUUCUUAUCACCUUCUGCGAUCUUAAAAAGUACAUCUUCGUCUACUGGAUGGGAGUGCCCUGCCUGAACACAAAGUGGGACCUGCAGGAGGUGGCAGAUGAGGGAAACUACACGAAUCUUAGUACGCGCAUCCCGGCUCUCGGAGAAUCGUUUGUUGUUAUUGAUCCCGAUGACAACGUCACUCCCUUCAGUGAGUUGGAGUAUGUGGAGCGAUCCGAGGACCCUACGAUUGCAUUUCUAUCACCGACAUCUCCUGAGAACACACCCUGGACCGUCCGAAACAUUUGUCUAAUGCUGCAUAUCCUAGGGUUCAAGUCUGCGACCAUGAUCUUAGUUGGGCGUGAGAAAAACCGGUUUCUCGAGUGGAAGCGGGGAGACGGGGAGCUUGGUGCAUGGACUGGCUGGGAAAAAAACAGUGCGGGAAAGCUGUUACCUAAGCAGACCAACUUGGGGCCUCUGUUGAACCCUCUACAGCUGGCCUCUCAAGCUGUGGAUCUCAAUCUGAAGCUGAUGAAGUGGAGAAUUGCGCCUGAGUUGGAUCUGGAUACCAUCAAACACACCAGGUGCCUCCUUCUGGGUGCCGGAACGCUCGGAAGCUAUGUCUCCCGCUCUCUGUUAGCUUGGGGAGUUGAACAGGUCACGUUUGUGGACAAUGGAACUGUCUCAUUUAGCAAUCCUGUUCGCCAGCCUCUAUACAAGUAUGUAGAUUGUUUGGAUGGAGGCAAACCCAAGGCUGAGACUGCUGCUGAAGCUCUCAAGGAGAUAUAUCCUGCAGUCAAGACAUCGGGAAUAACUCUUGAGGUGCCUAUGAUUGGUCAUAGCACCACUUCCAGCAGUGAGAAGCGAGUCCACCAGCAGUAUGACGAGCUGGUGUCUCUCAUUAAGUCUCAUGAUGCUGUGUUUCUGCUCAUGGACUCACGAGAGUCGAGAUGGUUGCCUACUGUUAUAUGUGCAGCUCUCAAGAAGAAGUGUAUCACGGCUGCCAUUGGUUUUGACUCGUUUGUGGUGAUGCGGCAUGGAGUGGAGGGAGUGAAUGAUCUGGGCUGUUACUUUUGUAAUGAUGUUGUUGCUCCUACAGAUUCUAUGAACGACAGAACGUUGGACCAACAAUGUACAGUGACCCGGCCUGGAAUUGCUCCUAUUGUUUCUGGAUACGGAGUAGAGAUUUUGCAGGCCAUGUGUCAAGACGAGCCCUCAGCCCCUCAUCAGCUGCGAGGCUUUCUGCACAACUUUUCUACUGUCAAGAUCACUGGUCAACGGUUCAAGUGUUGUUCCGCUUGCAGUCCAGUCAUUGUCCAGGAGUGGAAGGACAAGACGUGGGGGUUUGUCAAGAAGGCUCUUAAUGAGAGAGGGUUUGUGGAGGAGCUGUGUGGUUUAGCUGAGCUGCAGAGAGGUGUGGAUGAGCUGGACUUUGGAGAGGGCGAAGGUAGCGAGGAGGAGUGGGAAAUGUAG